AUGGCGUAUAUCUUCGCCGCUGGCCGCCGAACGCACACAUUCGUACCGGAACAGAAAAUAACGAUCGCAUUUUUGACCGAAAAGGACGGACAGAUGGCUGAAAAGAGAAGAAAAAAACGACAACCAUUUUGCUUGGCGCACCUAGGACGCGGCGAGGGAAUCAAAAUUCAAAUCCGUCUUAAUCCGAAGCCAUCGUCGCCAAGAAUCAAGUUAUCAUCCCUCGGGGAUUUGGCCAGCAUCCAAGAUUAUGAGAUAAAAUCUAGCUCCGUCAGGUGUUGGACCGAUAAGAAGAAUAAUAAUAAUUCAGCGGUGCCUUUUGUAACGAAAGUAACGAUCGGCUUCACCCCAUCUCAUCUUAAUUCGGGGUCGCCGACCCUAGGACCCUUCACGAUUAAUGGCUGGGGUCCACAAGACUUGCUAAUACAGUCAAAUUAA